UCUCUCCACUCCUCUUUCCCUCUCCCUUUCCUCUUCGAACAUCACACACACGCCACUCGCCUCCGCUCUCUCCACGUCGAAAGCCGCCGUUCGUUCCGUCGGCCGGUCGGAGGCGGUUGAGCUGUUUCCCGCGGGGAGUCUUUAUCCUCUCAGAUCGCUUCCGGCGGCUCGAUCCGUAGAUUUUAGGGGAGCUAAUUGGGUAUUUGAAGAAGACCGUAAUGGCUGGAGAAAAGAGCAUUGAAAAAGAUCAACCAUUAGCAACAGAAUUGAAGUCAGAUCCCAUCAGUAAAUCAACUGAGCAUGAUGUGGCUUCUGGAAACAAUGGAAUACCAUCUGAUUUAACAUCUACCAUGGCCUCCUUGGGGGAUGUACCUUCUAGCAUGAAAGGUGAGACUAAUCAAGAGUCAGCUGGAGGGCAUGGUCCUGACAAUCAACCUACUGUCUUUGACAACUAUUUGUACCCAGCGUAUAAUGGACCCUUUGCUCAAGUGGACAAUAAUGGAUAUUAUCAGACAGAUGCCUCUCAUUUGGGUCUGCAAUCUGACAAUGGUUCACUUAUCUAUUAUCUGCCUGGCUAUGAUCCAUAUGGUUCGGGAACUCUUGUAGGUGUUGAUGGGCAAUGUGUUGGUCAGCAACCUUAUUUUUCAUCCUCGGGUUAUCUCCAACAUCCUGUUUCCUAUGGAUCAGAAGCUAUGUCAUGUUAUACAUGGGAUACAACAUAUGUUGGAAAUGCUCAAAAUGGAAAUUUCACUGGUUUUGGAAAUGCAAAAUAUGAUGGCUCUACUGCUUAUGGGAAGUCGAAUGGCUUGAACUAUAUGAAAACAAAUGGAAAUGUUACUAACAAAAUUUCUAAGUCUUCAUAUGCACAACUUACGAAACCAUUAAGCAAGGUGCCUCAGUUGGGUUCUGAUUUUGCAGCAGGCCUUUUGAAGGGAUACCCUAUGGGAAAGUACUCAUCUUUUGCUAACCAAAAACAAGGUCUUUACCCACAUAAUGGUCAGGUGAAUUGCAAAACUAAUGGUAGGCUGUGGAAUGGAAAUGAUAGAUAUAGGUUGAGAGACAGAUUUAGUAGAAAUGGUGAUUUGGAAUUGGCGGUUGAACUAACUUGUGGUCCAAGGGCCCACAAUAAGAGUGCCCCUUUGGAUGCUUCAGUCAAGAAGGAAGGGUUGGGGCUAGCAGUACAUAGAGAUCAAUAUAACUUACCUGAUUUCCAAACAGAGUAUGAAAAAGCAAAGUUUUACAUCAUUAAGUCCUACAAUGAAGAUGACAUUCAUAAGUGCAUUAAGUAUGAUGUAUGGGCAAGCACCCCAAAUGGUAAUAAGAAGCUAGAUGCGGCAUUUUGUGAGGUAGGAAAAAAAGCAAGUGAAACAGGAACAAAGUGUCCUAUCUUCCUGUUUUUCUCGGUCAAUGGAAGUGGACAAUUUGUUGGCGUGGCUGAGAUGAUUGGGCAAGUGGACUUUAACAAAGAUAUGGCCUUUUGGCAACUUGACAAGUGGAAUGGGUUCUUUCCAGUAAAAUGGCACAUAGUAAAAGAUGUUCCCAAUGCUCAGUUGCGGCAUAUCAUUCUUGAAAAUAAUGAAAACAAACCAGUAACCCAUAGCAGAGACACUCAAGAGAUUGGGUUACAGCAAGGGUUAGAAAUGCUGAAAAUUUUCAGGAGUUACUCAGCGAAGACAUCAUUGUUAGAUGAUUUUAACUUCUACGAAACUCGAGAGAAGUCUCAAAAUGUAAAAAAGAGCAGUAAGCCAAUUACUCUGAGGAUUAAGGAUGAUGGUUUCCCAAAGAAUGUAAAACCUGGAGAGAGGAAUUUUGAAGAGUCUCUCAUCAACCUCACAAAAGACCUCUCGCUGAAUGCAUCCCCCACCCAGGAGAUGGGCACGGUAAUUAAAUCAAUAGAAAACUCAGUUCCUUCUGCUCCAUGAGCAUUUUUCUUUUUCUGAGCUUUAAGAUUCCUGUAGUUGUGGUGCCAUUUUCUUGCCUUUCUUCCUUUGUUUGCUGGUUUUGGUUUAGGGUUAUGGAGGCCAUUGGUCUGGUCUCUCUGGUGGGUGUUUUAGUAUUUAGCUUUGUUAAGGAGUGAGUGAGAUUUAAUAGUUUAAUUGGAGUUGGUUUAAUUUUCCAGAAAAGAAAAGACAAAAAGUUGGUAUUUUGUGAGUUAAGUUUGUUUGUGUUGUUGAUCAUUGCAUUUACCUUAAUGGUUUGGAGAGUUGAUGUAUAUACAACUAAUAUACUAACGAGUAUGUAUGCUAUGAAAUGGUGACUUUUGAUUGGUGCCA